UUUCUAAGUUUUUGGAAUUGAAGUUCUCUUUUUAAUGACCAGUCCAUAUUUUAACCUCACUGUUAAUUGUUAGGUAGCAUUAGCACUUCUAUUUUGUUAUCAGAAAGUGGUUUUGUGUGUGUAUUUGUGAUAUUGGUGUAUUUUAUUUAUCUACGCCUCCGCUUGACAGAAUAGGAGAGGUUCAUAAGUACUCGCUUCACUAAGACUUGGUCGAUAGGGUUUAAUCAUAUUUCGGUCGCCAUGACUGCCGAAAAUGAAAAAGGAGUUGAAGUGGAACAGGGUCAGAGUCAAAGCCAAAGUCAAGAUUCUGUCGAUAAUGGACUUCUGAAACGACCAGCCGAAGAUGAACCCGCACCCCUAUUUCCCAAAAAGAGAAGAAGCGAUGUCAGAAGUAUAACUCUCAAUGAAAAAAAUCCCAUAUCGGUUCUGAACGAGUUGAAACUCGGACUCAAAUAUGAAAUCAUCGAACAAUCCGGUCCUUCUCACAACCCAACAUUCAGAGUGUGCGUCGAAGUCGACGGUCAGAAGUACUAUGGCACCGGCAAUUCCAAGAAAAGCGCCAAGACCGAGGCGGCCUCUGAGGCACUGAAAUCUUUCAUUCAACUCCCCACUAAUGGCAUGAUUGUUUCGACAAAUUCCAUUGAAGUCAACAGAACGGAUUUCACGUCCGACCAGGUUGUCACGAAAAAUAAGAAUGUGAAGCCUCCUUCGCUCAAUAAGGGCGAGAAAGGACCCCUCAUGCUACUGAAUGAGCUGUACCCGGGAGCAGAAUUCACGUGCACUUCGAACGAAAGUGAUCCGUACGGGAGGUUCAAGAUGACCAUUUAUAUCAACGGGGAGUCCUUUCAAGGAACAGGAUCGAAUAAAAAGUUGGCAAAGAAUGCGGCAGCCUCUGCUGCUUUGAAUAAAUUGGUGAACUAUUCCCAAGACUACCAAAGACCUUCAAAUCUUGACGUACCCUUUACGAGUAAGGAAAAUCAAGAAAAAGCUGAUGUAGUGGGGAGGUUGGUCAACGAGAAAUUUUGCGACCUCAUGGCUAACGAUCUAACUCACAUGAAAAGAAAAGUUCUUGCCG